AAUAAGUAACAUGUAAUAACAAGUCAUAUAACUAAAUUUUCAAAUAGAAUAAACAAAACAAAUUUUUAUGUCUAUUUUUAAUAGAGUAUUAUUUAGUAAGUAGUUCUUAAAUAUUCCCAAACACUCGUAAAUAGUUCACAAAUACUCGUAAAUAAUAAGUAAUAGAGUAAGACAAGUAACUUGCAAGUAAUUUAUUUUUGAUCAAGUACUUGAAAUAGCAAGUACUCGUUUUUAACAAGGCAAGUACAAAUCAAAAAUUUCAUUACUCGUAUAAGGCAAGUCAAGUCGCAAGUAUACGUAAAAUAGCAAGUAACCGCCUUGUGCCGUCCUACAUUCGGAGCCUAAAGCUCGAAAAUUGCAUGAUAAUUUAUUAUGGAGUAAAUAGUAUUCUAGUUUCUUUAUUCUAUUCCAAAUUUAAAGUUACUGUAAGUAAGUGAAAUGCUACAACUGACAACACGUUUUCGAUGUGAGAUACCUAACAAAACGGGUGUUAACAUUUAAAAUUUUAAUGAUAUCAUAAGAAAAAUGCGCUCUAAAUAAUAAUUUAUAUUAUUAUUUGCAAAGUAAAUUUUUAGAAUUGAGUUCUCGCUUUAAAAGUUAGAGAUAUCAUUUAUAUUCUUAAUGAAUAAAAGAUAUAACUAAAUUAAAAAAUAAAAACGAAAUUUUAAUUUAUUUGAUUAGGUAAUUGAUUAAAAUUAAUAAUAGUAAGAAUUAUCCAAAAUCUGAAAAUAUAAUUUUAAAAAUAAAUAAAUUCAGUAUAUAUUGUAUUGUUAUCUGAAAAAGUCUUUUAGUAAAAAGUUAAAAACAUGAAUUAUAUAACUAAAUAUUAAUCAAAUAAAAUUCUUAAUUAUAAUUAAAAUAGAAUAUUGAAUUAUCCAAAAUCUAAAAAUAUAAUUAAAAAAGAGAUAAUUUAUAUAUAUAUAUAUAUAUUGUAUUGUUAUCUGAAAAAGUAUUUUAUUAAAAAGUUAAAACAUAAAUUAUAUAAUUAAAUAUUAAUCAAAUAAAAAAUUAAUUAUAUAAUUAAUUAUAUAAUUAAAAAUAUAAUAUAAAGUUAUUUUAAUAUUUAUUUUAGUAUAAUGAAUAUAGUAUACAAAUAACUUUUCAAAAAUUAUGAAAAUGUUUAAGUCUGCAUCACAGACAAAACACCUACUAGUAUAGUAUUAUUACUACGUACUGUAAAAUAAUAAACAUUGAAAAUCCAAAAUUUACAUUAUAAAAAGAAAUCCUCCAAGAAAAAGUCAAGACACAUAGAUGAGAAGAUUAAAAAAGUAUAAAUCAGUGGUCAUGGUGUGUUGAGUUAGUGCGUCCCCUCACAGUUUCAAUCUUCAUCCCAAACACGCAUUUUAGACUUUUCAAUUCCAAGAUUGCGAGAAUGAUUAAUCCUUCAGAAGGAACGCGAGAUGUCUCUAGUGGUGGAUGUAAAUCACUUAGUCUCAACCAUCUCCUCAUUGCUUCUCUUGGUGGCCUUGCCGCGGCCGCUGCUGCUUUUGCCGGAGAAUCUUUCCUUCGCCGAAGGAGAACUCAUCAAGGUGUUUGUAUGGGGAAUAAAGAUCAGAAAAUAGCCCCUUUGAUCGGGAGGAAAGAUUCAAGUCGACGAUCAAAUCUCGAGAGAUUCUCUUACUAUGUUGCAAGGCAGCUAGGAAUUGAGGAUCCAGAUGAAUGCCCACAACUAUGCAAACUGGCAAAUGCAUAUUUAAUGAAAACAAAAGGAUAUAAUGAGAAUGUGUAUGAGUAUUUGGUCAAUGAAGCUGAUACUGAUUCUCUCUACAUUCAUCUACUUGAAGAAUUUGAAAGAUGCAUUCUCACGUAUUUUUCUUUCAACUGGACUCAAUCUUCCAACCUCAUCUCCCAGAUUUUAAGCGACGAGUCGGAUCAGAAAGUACCCAAACUCAAGGAUUUCGUGAUGGCAGCAACAAGAAAACAGAGGUUCGAGAGAGUAACAAAAGAACUAAAGGUGAAAAGGGUAUUUUCAACAUUAGUAGAAGAGAUGAAAGCCAUCAACAUCAGCAGUAGCGGUGGAAGCGGUGAGCCACACUGUACGGAAGUAAUGUCUCCGGUGGCUCACAACAAACGUAGCCCCGUUCUACUCCUCAUGGGUGGCGGAAUGGGCGCCGGAAAGAGCACCGUCCUCAAAGAUAUCCUCCAAGAGCCGUUUUGGUCGGAGGCAGGGGGCGACGCAGUGGUGAUAGAAGCGGAUGCGUUUAAGGAGACGGAUGUUAUUUAUAGAGCUCUUAGUUCUAGAGGUCACCACGACGACAUGCUUCAAACUGCUGAAUUGGUUCACCAAUCAUCUACAGAUGCUGCAUCGUCCUUACUAGUAACAGCAUUAAACGAAGGACGUGAUGUGAUAAUGGAUGGAACCUUAGCAUGGGCGCCAUUCCUGGAACAAACGAUCACAAUGGCUAGGAACGUCCACAAACAUAGAUAUCGAAUGGGCGUAGGCUACAAGGUAUCUGAAGACGGUACAACAACCGAAGAAUAUUGGAGACAAGAAACAGAACAAAAUGGGAAACAACAAAACUUGAAACCUUAUAGAAUCGAGCUGGUCGGUGUGAUUUGUGAUGCUUAUCUCGCCGUAGUAAGAGGCAUACGGAGAGCUCUAAUGGUGAAGAGAGCAGUGAGAGUGAGAUCUCAGCUCCAAUCACACAAGAAUUUUGCUAAUGCAUUUCCAAAGUAUUGUAAGCUUGUUGAUGACGCCAGGCUUUACUGCACCAAUGCUGUUGCUGGUCCUCCACAGCUUAUAGCAUGGAAAUCUGGAAAUAGUAACCUUCUGGUGGAUCCAGAGGAGAUUGAAUGUCUGAAACGGGUCAGCAAUCUUAACCCGGAUGCAGAGUCCAUUAACGAGCUUUACACGGAUCCGAACGUAUUAAGCAAGCCCGGUUCAGUUUGGAAUGAUAUCGUUUUAGCCCCAUCUAGGCCCAAGCUUCAGAAGCAACUUACCGAUGCCAUCAGGAAAAUUGAAAAGGCUCAAGCGACUAAGUGAAUGAUAUUGUUAACUAGCCUUAAAAAUGGUUGUCUCUUGCUAAUCUCGAGCUCUUUUCGUUGGUACUUUUGUCUUAUUUUGUUUUUCUAGUCCAAAUGCCAAUAAAAUUAAUAAAUGGAUUUUUGCAGAA